UACUCGCACCGGGCACGGCGGAGCCCCGCGCUGCCCGCGCGCUGCCCGCUCCUUCCCGGGCGCUGCCGGCUCUCCCGGGUACCGCGUCCGGAGCUCUCCUUCCCUGAUCCCGGCCGUACGGAGCUCCCCCGCGCCCUCAGGUGCCGGGCCGGGCUCCGGGGCAGCUCCCGGGCACUCCGCCCCGGGGCAAGGCGCUCGGCCGCGGUCGCGCACGGUGCGGGCGGAGCGGGCCGGCGGUGGCCGAGCCGAGGCCGGGCGCGGUGCGGGCGGCCAGGAGGGGGUUAAGCGGGCGCUGACAGUCAGCUGAGCCCUGACUGACAGCCCGCAAAGUUUCCCUGUCGCUAGACUCUUAUGCUAAUGAGGCCGGGCGGCGAGCGCCCAUUGGCCCGGCCCCGAGCCCGUGUCCCGCCUGACGUCACGGGCGCUAUAAAACUCCGCAAUGCUUUAAACUCUCCUGCCGGAUCAAACCUUUAAAUAUUUUUCAUCUUCUUGCUGUAGCUUUGAGGCCGAGUUGGUUUUGUUUUUUUUUUUUUCCCUCUCUCUCUCUCUCUUUUUUUUUUUAAACUCUUAUUAUUAGUAGUAUUAUUUUGGUUGCGAUACAGACUUUGAUUUUUUUUAUUUUUUUGCCUUCGCUCUCUUUCCCUCCUCCCUCCCCCGAUGAACCUCUCUCCUCGCUCUGCACUUUGCACGAGAGAGCCCAGAGGAAAGGCACCAUGAAGUGUUAAAAAUAACAGAACAAAACAACAACAACAAAUUUACUCGCAACAACACCAGCUAACACUUCCAGCUGCGGUUCGCGAGCUGCGAAAGAGAGCGAGAGGAGAGAGAGAGAGAGAAGGGAGGGAGAGAGGAGGAAAAAAAAAAAAACCCUCUAUGCAAAAGGCGAAUAGCGAGAGCCCCGCGCUCUGAUGCAUCAGCGGAGCCUCUGCGAGGGAUAACGCGGAGCGGGAGAGGAGCCGCCGGGGCGGACCGGAGCGGAGGCAGAGCAGGAGAGCGGAGCGGAGCUCGCCAAAAAUCAAGCUGGCUCACCCGGUGGCGACUCAGAGCAGCCCCCUCGCUCCCGGAGCGCACCCUUUCUGGAGGACUCUCGGCAGCAAAAGGAUGGCAUCAGAGCUGGCGAUGAGCAGCUCCGACCUGCCCACCAGUCCCCUGGCCAUGGAAUAUGUUAAUGACUUCGAUCUGAUGAAGUUUGAAGUGAAAAAGGAGCCGGUGGAGACCGAUCGCAUUAUCAGCCAGUGCGGCCGCCUGAUCGCCGGGGGAUCGCUCUCCUCCACCCCGAUGAGCACGCCCUGCAGCUCCGUGCCCCCGUCCCCCAGCUUCUCGGCGCCCAGCCCCGGCUCCGGCUCCGACCAGAAGACCCACCUGGAAGACUACUACUGGAUGACGGGGUACCCGCAGCAGCUCAACCCGGAGGCGCUGGGCUUCAGCCCCGAGGACGCGGUGGAGGCGCUGAUCAACAGCAGCCACCACCCGCUGCCCGGCGCCUUCGAUGGCUAUGCUAGAGGGCAGCAGCUGGCCGCGGCCGCCGGCGGCUCCGUGCCGGCCGAGGAGAUGGGCUCGGCGGCCGCCGUGGUGUCGGCGGUGAUCGCCGCGGCGGCGGCGCAGGGCGGCGCGCCCCACUACCACCACCACCACCACCACCCGCACCACGGCGGCGGCGGCGGCGGCGGCGGCGGCGGCGGGCACCCCCACGCCGCGGCGCCGGGCAGCGCGCCGCCCUCCUCCGCCUCCUCGGCCGCCGGCUCCGGCUCCGGCGGCGGCGGCGGCGGCGGCGCCGGGGGGCUGCACCACCCGCACCACGGCGGCGGCGGCGGCGGCGGCGGCGGCCUCCACUUCGACGACCGCUUCUCCGACGAGCAGCUGGUGACCAUGUCGGUGCGGGAGCUGAACCGGCAGCUGCGGGGUGUCAGCAAGGAAGAGGUGAUCCGGCUGAAGCAGAAGAGGAGGACCCUCAAAAACAGGGGCUAUGCCCAGUCCUGCCGCUUCAAGAGGGUCCAGCAGCGGCACGUCCUGGAGUCCGAGAAGAACCAGCUGCUGCAGCAAGUGGAGCACCUAAAGCAGGAGAUCUCCAGGCUGGUCCGGGAGAGGGACGCCUACAAGGAAAAGUACGAGAAGCUGGUCAGCAAUGGCUUCAGAGAAAACGGAUCCAGCAGCGACAACCCUUCCUCUCCAGAGUUUUUCAUGUGAGUUCCCACAGCCUUGCCACCUUAACUAAAAGUUCUCCGUGUGAGUUGUUGUUGGGGGCUUUGCUAGAGCCACAAGCCCGCUUGCCACCUUCUAUUACCUUUUUUUUUAAAAAAAAAAACAAAACAAAACAAAAAAACAAAAAAACUCAAAACAAUUUUAAAACAAAGUUUUUUUGGGGUUG